AUGCUGACCAGCUUUAUGGAGGGUCUUCUCUGCUGCCUGAACUCAAAGUCGGGCAAUGUUGUGGCACCUGUAGAGACUUCAGAAGCAGCUGAUGGCUACGAGUUUGUGGAGGUGAAACCAGGCCGCGUCCUGCGGGUUCGACACAUCAUUCCUGACCGGCCGGUGGUGGAGGAACCUGCUGGGCAGGGUGGGAGUGUCAGCUGCAAACGAAAGAUCACAGUAUAUCGUAAUGGACAGCUAUACAUCGAGAACCUGGGUGACAGAGCGAGUGCAGAGCUGAAAAACUGCCAGAAUGGAGAUACAGAGCCAAACAGCACUGUGGAGGUUGAACUGACAGACUGUAACUCAUCAGCGCCUGUCAACAUCCCUGAGGUCAGGUCUGAGUCCAUCACAGCCGUCAAAGACGGGACGUCUGAAACAGGAGCAGGAGGAGAGGCACCUGCUGCCGCACAGGCCGACCAGUCGCAGCAGCCCAGGAAGCGCAGGCGGAAGCCCAAGCGCACCGUGGUGAUCGACUGCGAGAGGAAGAUAUCGGCCUGCAAAGGGACACAUCAAGACGUGGCUCUGUUCUUCAUCCAUGGAGUGGGAGGCUCGCUGGACAUCUGGGGUAGCCAGCUGGACUUCUUUUCCAGGCUGGGCUAUGAGGUGAUCGCCAUGGACCUGGCAGGUCAUGGAGCCAGCUCAGCACCACAGAUAGCUGCUGCAUACACUUUCUAUGCCUUGGCUGAGGAUAUGAGACUUAUCUUCAAGAGAUAUGCCCGCAAGAGGAAUAUUCUCAUAGGACAUUCUUAUGGUGUCUCCUUCUGCACCUUCCUGGCCCACGAGUAUCCGGAACAGAUCCACAAGAUGGUGAUGAUCAACGGCGGUGGUCCCACAGCUCUGGAGCCCAGCCUCUGCUCCAUCUUCAACCUGCCCACCUGCGUGCUUCACUGCCUCUCCCCGCUGCUAGCCUGGAGCUUUCUCAAGGCUGGCUUUGCUCAGCAGGGUGCCAAGGAAAAGCAGCUGCUGAAAGACAACAACGCCUUCAACGUGUCGUCCUUUGUGCUGCGCGCCAUGAUGAGCGGGCAGUACUGGCCUGAGGGGGACGAGGUCUACCACGCUGAACUCACCGUGCCCAUCCUGCUGGUUCACGGCAUGCAUGACAAGUUUGUCCCUGUUGAAGAGGACCAGCGCAUGGCGGAGAUCCUUCUAAUGGCCUUCCUGAAGGUCCUGGAGGACGGCAGUCACAUGAUCAUGAUGGAGUGUCCCGAGGCUGUCAACACUCUCCUGCAUGAGUUCUUCCUCUGGGAGCCGGCCACCCUUCCACCACCGAAGAAAGAGUCCAAAACACGUCCAGAGACUGCCAAAGCCCUUUCUGACAACACCAAGGCUACAUCUGACCCUUCCAAGGUCCGACCUGCAACAGCGAGGCAGGCUUCGUCCAACGGCGGCACAGAGAAACAGGCAGGCAGCAAGGACAAGAAGUGA